UUAUGUUUUAAACAGUUCAUGGCCGUCCGUGGUAGAUACUCUUGCAUCAGAAUAAAACAGUUUAUGGUCGUUCGUCAGAAAUAUUCUUGCAUCAGAAUAACUGAUAAAGGAGAGGAGUAAAUAUUUAUCUUGGGAUCGGAUAGUUGGACUGUAGUAUUUAGUAUACGAACACUUGGGCAAAAAGCAAGAUGUCUCGAGCUAAAAUCAAAGAAUGGGACUCUAUGGAUAUAAAUCAAUUUAAGGAUGAUUUUGAAUUUCUCAAUAUCCUCAAAGAAGUUAUGCUACAAAAUAUUGCCGAUCAGGGUACAACGCAGGACAGAAAUUGCCCAAAAAUUGACCCUAAACUUUCGAAUGGCCGUAAAAUACAAGUUGUUCAAAAGUUUUCUAAACAGCGGCCUGAGCAAAUGCAAAUGCCAUUGAAUUUCGUUGGAUUUAUUGGAACGGUUAAAUCAAAAGUUACGGAUGAUAUUAAAGAAUCCAUAUGGAAUGCCGAUGACCUUUUGACACAGGAAAUCAAAGAGGGAAACCCGAAAAUAUUGGCGUAUGUAUCGGGUGAACGAACGGUUGGUGGAGAUUGGGGAAACUUGGUUAUUUUUAUGGAUGGCGCGAAAGAAGAAUUAGCGAAGUCAAAAGUACAUAGUAGUGUUAUCAUGGAUGUGUCUGAAAACUAUUACAGCAAAGUGUAUAUCCACAAUGGCCUCCUACCAGAUGGUCUGCAAUCCCCAAAGUAUCAGCUUAGGAAUACAUUAUGCAUUCACUUUGGGGAAAAUAGCACAGAGAGAAAAGUCCGCUACAGGAAGAUUUGGUCCGCGAAACAGGACACAGGCAGUUCUAGAUAUGUUUAUAUUUAAAUAAAGAUUAUUAUUCCAUAAUAACAUGUUUUCCCUGGGAAAUAAACUGGGAAUAAAACUGAUAUUCAAAAGAUCCC